AUGCUAAUAAGUCUUUCAUUUCACGUCCUCGCAUUGCCAUCGACAUCCGAUCAACAUGGUCUACUACCACUUGGGAUUCUUGGUGGCCGCGCAAUCAACCAAUCUUCAUCACUCCUAGAUGUUUUUCAGGUCUCGCCUCCAGUUCUUAGCCCCAAGGGCGCGCCUUGUGAGGCAACGCUCAUGGUACACUCAUUCGCUUUUAGCUAUGGACAGCCUUUCGUUGGCGAGUACACUCCUCCUUCGUGCGACUUCAAUCGAGUCAUCUUCAAUUUUACGGUUGUCUCUGCAGGUCGGCAAUACGAUCGUCUCGGACUGAUGUACUUCAAUGACACCGAGAUAUUCCGAACUUCGACAGCGGAGCCCACGGCCACAGGAAUUGAGUGGACCUACAUGAAGGAUAUGACCAACUACCUUGUAUUGUUCAAGGAGCCGCAGAAAAUCGUUUUCGACCUCGGAAAUCUCGUCAACGAAAUUUACACGGCUUCCUUCAACACGACUUUGACAGCGACAUUUUUCAACGACGACGUCGCUGGCGCACCUGCGGACCUGAUCAUUCCAAUUUCUGCAAGGCAGUCAGCCAAAAAUGCCCCGAGCGCCUUCAGUCUGCCCGAUCAAAACGCUACAAACACCCUCACACUUCCCCGAAAUGUUAAAAAGGCUGUCUUCUCCAUUUCGGCCUGCGGACAGGCAGCUGAAGAGUUCUGGUGGGGCAACGUCCUUUCGUCGAAUACCUUGACUUUCCCACAAUCUGUGCUCUAUGGAUACUCACCGUUCCGCGAAACCCAGCUCUAUAUCGACGGGAUGCUAGCGGGCGUGGCCUGGCCGUUCCCAGUCAUCUUUACAGGAGGCGUGGUGCCUGGAUUCUGGCGCCCGGUUGUCGGCAUCGAUGCGUUUGAUCUUCGCGAGGACGAAAUAGACAUUUCGGCGUUCCUGCCUGUCCUCUGCGACGGAGAUGAGCAUACUUUUGAGAUAAGGGUUGCAGGGAUCAGCGACGACGGGUACGGUCAUGGAAGUCUGACAGACACAGUCGGAGCAUCUUGGGUCGUCACCGGCAAGAUUUUCCUGUGGCUUGAUGCUAGCGACUUUAUUACCACAGGCUCUAAUCUCGCCCGGUCCGACCCGGACCCAACCUUGCACAUAUCAUCAUCGGUUUCAUCCCUUCCCAAUGGUACCAACGUCACCCUGGAAUACUCCGUCCAAGUUCAACGACACCUCUCUCUUAGCUCGACAAUCCAAACGUCUGAGGGCUCUCGUGUUGCUUCGUGGCAACAGACUUUGACGUUUUCGAACCAGGGAAACUAUAGCAACGGCGGAAAUUUGCAAAUUAACUCUCAGAAUACGAAGGGCAUAGAUAUUUCGUCAAUAGGUUACUCUAGAGUGUAUGACUAUCCACUAUGGGCAACCACACUCUACGCUUCCUUUCUGGACGGAAAUUUCACCAUCGGCGGGGAGAUUGAUCGUAGCAAGAAUGUUCAGGCACUCGGCCAACUGGCUUUCCCAUCCGGUCUACAGACAUUCGGUUCCAAGGAAUCGAUCCAUCCCAACAUGGCCCCCUUUGCCGGCACAUCGACCACAAAUCGCCAGAACGGCACGGCGACAUACAUUAGCGUGCCCUCGCAAUCGACGUCGUACGGUUCGGGGAGCACAGAGCAGGACCUGAAGUUCGCUGGAGUAGAGGCAUCGCUGUCAGAUCUCCAGUAUGGCUUACCGAAUAUCAAGGGGAGCACUGAGCUGUACCAUCGACACGUCCUCGCGAUUAAUAACUCCGUCGUUGAGGAUGAUGAAUCCUUCUCUGGACAGACGUUCCCUGUCCACCAUUCGUUGUCUACAGGGAACCAGGACUUCGCUCCCGUUGAUCUUAGGAGGAUGCUUGGAAGAGGGCCAUAUGGCGCUUAA